AUUCAUAUUUGGGUCAAAUAAGUUUAUGUUUAUCCGCGGCACUUCAGAUUUUCUAAUGAAUCGUAUUCAUUUUUCUUCGUGCUACUUUGUCUCGUCAUUAUGUACGGUUUGUAGUUAUUUUCCUAUCGCUCAUUGAAGCUCUAACCGAAUGGGGUUUAUGAAACAUCUUGAGGGACCAGAACUAUGAUUUUCAGUUGGUAGUUAAUGUUAGUAAUUAGAUUUAAGGUUUUCAUGACGAACCGACAUGAGCUAUAAUGCCAAAACUCCAUUUACCCAAGUUGUUGAAUGAAGUUUGCGCCAAAAUCUGGGACCUGUUACCUUAUACCUGAUUGGUUCGUCCAUAACUCAAGCUCCCAACUUUGGGAAAUUUUUGGGUUUUUGUGCCAUUUCCACAAAGCUAACUAUAGCGGCUUCCCCGAAAUGGGUCAAAUUUUCUAUAAAAUUGUGAGCUUUAGAAAUUAUAGCCUCGCUGAAUCAUUCUUAUGUCAAGACAGAAAAUCUAACCAUUAAUUGUGGUUUUGCCAAACUAUAGAUGAUUAUCGGAAAUCUGUAACAGGAGAAUCGAUGACAGGUUUUUGUUCGUAAGUAUAACAUGUAUAUUAGACUAUGAUCGGGGGAACCCUUGUACUAUGAAAAAUAUAAGGGCUGAGUUUGCGUGUAUGUGUAUUUAAACUUAAAGCCAAAACGUUUUCGUGUGCACACACAGGAGAAUGAUGAUACCCUAUGUCUAAUAGCUUUGCGGCAAAUUAUUAUAAACUGAUCGCUUUCUUUUGAAUUUCAUCUCAAUAUUAUUCAAAGAUUCUAGACAUCAUUUCUACCGCCCUACCAUAAUAUUAGUGCAUAUUAGUGAUCAUGUAUAUUGAAAAAACAUUCUAGUGGGGAAAAGAGUUAUUUACAAAAGUCAGCACGCAAAUAGCAGCUUGAUUUGUCUGGUAUCUGCCCCGUACAGUGUUAGUCUGUCUGUCGUUUUGUAUUUAAAUAAAUCGAGAGCCGACUUAAAUCCAUUGUAGAUUUUUCUGUAAACUAAGUUUAAUUUACUACAUGGAUGUGGGAUCACGUGCAUGAAAAAGCAAUAGUCCAUUAGAUAUUUAAUGGAACUGAAUCUUCUCAAAAAUCCAGCCAACUAUAUUAUCCACGGUAUCCAGAGAGUUAAUAAAAAUCUAAAAUCGUUCACAUGCUUUAGCUUUAAACGAUGUGCCUUGCCCUUAACCUGGCCAUUUUUCGGAUUAUUAAUUUGACUAUAUACUUGUAGAACCUGAAGAGAAUUUAUCGAAAGAGAUAUUCCUCGUCCAAAUAUCAGUCUUCUGAAAUCGUUCAUUAAAGAACCUUUUGAAGAAGCAAACGUAAUUGCUUCAUAAUCUCUACAAAAGUAGAGCAUGAAAAGUUCGUCUUCACCAUGGCUUCCGUUCUAGUGAUCAUUUGUAAGGUGAAAUGCAAUUGAUAAGGUUGGAAUAAUGCUUUUCUGGAAUAAUUACCAUAUGAAAAAGUCUUCAAGCCUAAUAGUCUACAAACAUUUUAAAAUUGAAUGAUGGGUUACCAAGCAUAGCAAAAAGUCUUCUGAAAUCACAUCUACACCGUAAAAAGUAAGACGUAGUUCAGUCAUACAGUUAUGCACUAAAAUUUCUGCAUUCUGGGAAGUUGAUUCAAUUCAACGAUUAUUCGAGACAUAGUGCAAGCUUAUCUUCAUACAAACCUGACAUAUCAUACAUUGAAGAUGGUCCCUAGUCAUUGUUAAUUAGAAUGUAAAGGACUAAUAUGCUGAACUCCUGAAAUGAACUUUUAAUAAACUGAAACCUAGACAAAAACAGUGCGAAAGUUAUUAUUACGUAACUUCAUUAAAUAUGCAACUAUCUGGAGCAGUUUCUUGACUGUGUAACUGAAGAGCACCUUUGGUUGUCAAAGAUUUUACUCUGUCAUUUUAGUAAUCUUUGCCCUGGAUGUUAGGGGUUACUAACUUCAUGAUAUGUCUUCCUGUUUUGCUAUAUAUCCCUGCGAGUUUUCUCAUCGUGUCAUAUGGUUGUUUCAUACUUCAUUCUGUUCCAGCUUUUUCUACUGUCUUCUGCUUGUCGGCUCUAAUGCUCCCCUUUACUCGUUUGCUUGCUUCAGUGUAUUCAGUUUGUGCCUUGACUUUCCCUGUUCUUGUUCUUCCUCUGUUCAAUCUUGUCUAAAGUUUCGAUAGAAAUCCAUUCUUUAUGAUGAUGCUUCUUGCAUCCCAGAACUCCCUGACACAUUGAAGUUAGUGCCUCUUUGAUCCCCUUCCAGUUAUUCUCCAUAGUAGUUUCCUCUUCUCCCAGUAGAUCUUUUAAAACUUGAAACCUGUUGAGAGCUAUCUUGAAUUCGCUGAGUUCGUUAUUAUCUCGAAGGAAGGCUGUAUUGAACCUUUGUAAUGCUGUUUGUCUAGUUGUCCCGUGUUUCUUUAGCUUCAGUUUUAUCUUGGCAACCACCAGGUGGUGAUCUGUAUCUAUGUCAGCUCCUCUCCUAGUUCUUACUUCUUCCAUUGUCCUUCUGAAUGUUUUAUUGAUACAAAUAUGUUCUCUCUGGUUCUCCGUGGUGUAGUCUGGUGAGAUCCACGUAGCUUUAUGCAUGCGCUUGUGCGGGAGCAUUGUACUGCCUAUAACCAAUUUGUUGGCCUGGUUGUUAGAAGGGGCAUAAGUCUCAUGACUUUCGAAGAAUUUCGGCUUUCAUCAUGAGAAGUCAUAUUUCCUGCUUCAACUCUGAGAGCAGAGUUUAAAUAGUUUAAUAUGAUUAAUCUGGUCUUCACUUUUUUUAUCAAGAUUUUUUUAUACGCGACGGGGUUGCCAAUCUCAUGCCCCACCCUCCUCCUUUGUGUGGGCUUCGGACCGGCAGCAACUCUAGAAGAGCUACAGUUUGAGUUUCUCAUGAAAGUAGCUUUAGUCAAAUCUAACACUUUUCAUCGUUUGAGUUUAUGAAGUCAUAUUUAAAGUCCUGGCUUAAGUUCACUAGCUUGGAAUGUUGAACCGAUCAUGUAUUCUAGAUGAUGCGUAAAUUUAAUGAAUUUUUCAGCUAUAAUUAAGAAAACCGCCAACUAUUAACUUUAUCAAGAACUACAAAGAACGUUUAUUCAACCACUGUAUAGCAUCUUAGGCUUAUAUGAUUCCAAAUAGAUAACUAGUUGCAAACUCAUUAUCUCCUAAUAUGUAUCUCAAGGGAAAUAUUGUUAAGAUUUGUAGCCAGCCUAUGAAAAUUUAAAAAAACACGAAAGAUAAGAGAAAACAGUUACAGUAGCUCAAUAAAUAAUCAUAUAUUACUUUUUCCAGUUGUCUUUAGUGUUUAUUUUACUAAUUCUAUUCACAUUUCAUCCGAGUCUCAUUUGUUGACGAAAAAUGAUGAAGAAAAUGUACAGAUAACAUGAUUAAUUUACUUAUAAGCACAAUAAAAAGUUCACUUAGUGUUUUAUUGACAUCUUGUGAUUGAAUUAUUCUUAUUAGCAGUUCAUAGAGUACCAAGCACUUGGUCACUUUAAUAAAAAUUAUUUGUUCCAACUAUCUACAUGUCAUGCUGAUAAAAUUUUAUUAAAUGCAUUAGUGUAGGGGAUGAUUCAAUUGUGUUAGGUAGUACAGUUUAUCAACAAGAACUGGUUUACUAUUUUGCUAUCUCUUAGUGGUGUAAAAUUCAACAUAAGACAAAAGAGAUAAACGCAUACUGUGAAUUAUUUUUCAAUGAUUAUUGCCUGUUGAAAGAUAAUGUCUACAAAUGAAUUCUUUUAAAUUUUGAAGUUAUUUCCUAUUUUCUAUUUACAGAACCUUAAUGCUUUAUAAAAUUUAAUAAAUCUUAAUACACCUCCAUUGUUACUGAAGUCAAGUUCAAAGAAAUUGAAUCAGUUGGCUCAUACAUUUCCAUGAUGCGUGAGAGUAUCCGAAGAGGACCAGUUGUAUGUGAUAGUUCCUAUCCUUGUUCCACACAUGAAGUGUCAUGUAAGCAUUUUAAACCCUCAUCACCAUUUAAAUGUCAUAAGAAGUAUGGGACUGGAAGAAUGAAACUCUCAUCCAAAAUAUGUCAUAAAAAGGAUACUGGAAAACAUGAAACACUUAGUAAAAACUCUUCAGAAAUUUGUCAACCUGAUAAUAUUCCUAGUAGUAACAGUGAGAAUAGUUCAAUGAAUAUGAAUUCUGAUGAUAAUACGAAAGAGUGUGUACUGAAUCCUAUUAAUAUGGACGAUUGUAGUAUUCUUCAACAUGAACAAUGUAAUGACACACAAUCUAACCAAAGUAUCUUUUUCGAUUUAUUAUCUAAACUUGAAAGACAUUUAGAUGAAGAGAGAAAAGCCAAUGCCAAAUUACAAGUUGAAUUAAUGAAUAAAACUGAAUAUGAAAAACAAAUAUCUGAUCUACGAUCCAAUUAUGAAACUGAAGUAUUUCGUUUACAAAAUGUGAUAACACGUUUACAAGGCAAUUCACAUUAUAACGAUAAAAUAAGUUAUGAUGAUGAAAAACUAGCCAACGUAAAUACAGAAGUUAACGAAGUGAAUGUUAAAAGGAAUAAUGAUGCAGAAUCGAAUACUGACAAGUGUAUUAAACCUGUGCAAAAUUUCACUAGUAUGGAUGAACUGAAAAAAGAAUAUGCAAAGCAAGAAUUAUUAAUUGCAGGUUAUCAACGUGAAAAUGAAAAGUUAUAUGCAACUGUUAAAAAAUUACAUAAAGAUAAGCAAACUGAAACCGAAGAUUCACAGACAGCAAAACGUCUUACUACUGAAAAUCUUUCUUUAAGAGUUGAAGUUGAACAAUUAAAUAAAGAAUUAGAAUUGCGUAGUCAACAAAUAUGUACCAUGUUAUCUGGGAAUUCAAGAUUGAAUCAAGAAAAUCGAAUAAAUGAAUUACAAGAACUGAAUAAACAAUUGGAUAAUGAAAGAAAUAAGUUAACAAAAGAAUUAAAUGAUACACGUUUAGAGUUGACAAACAUGAAUUUAAAAAUGAAUAAUCAUAUACGUGAGAAAAAUGAUUUAUUAGAAAGAUAUGAAAAUUUUAAAGAAAAAUCUCAAACAGAUUGUACAAAUAUGAAAGAAACAUAUUUAUGUCAAAUAGAAGAUCUUCAAAAGAAAUUACGUUGGUAUAUUGAAAAUCAAUCAAUAAUCAUUAAAGAUUCAAAGAAAUUACAAAAUCAAUAUGAAGAUCGUAUACAAUCAUUAGAAUCAUAUAUCAACUCAUAUUGUAUUCAUAAUCAAACUUAUUCACCUUUAUUAUUAUCUAAUGAUGAAAAUUCUAUUUUAACAUCAAAUAAUUCAAAAAACCCAGAAAUUUUACAAAAAUCAUUAAAACAAUUAAAAAAUUCUAAUCAAUCAAUAAUUCUUUCAAAUUUAUUAGAUGAUUUACGCGGUCAAAUAACCAAUUUAAAAAUACAAUUAAAACAACGACAAAAAACAAUUGAACAAAUGAAACAUUUUACACAAUUGAAUAGUAACCAUUUAAAUAACAAUAAUCAAUUCAAGCCUUCAAUACAUAAAAAUAAACGAUGUCAUUAUCCGCAUUUAUAUGAAAUUCAAUCUAGACAAAUAAAUAAGAUUAAUGAUAAGAUAAAUAUGAGAAGAAAUAAAAUAAUCAGUUCAAAUGAGCAAAACAAUGAAGAAGUUUCCAUCAACGAUAAAGAAUCAAUUAGUUUGAAAGAACAUAAUGCACUCAAAAACUUGUUACAGAGUCGUAUAACUAAACUUGAAAUUGAGCUGGAAAAAUCACAGGAAUCAGUGAAAUCUAGAGUAACUUGUGAUGCGUCCACCAACACUGAUUUCAUUGAAAGAACUGAUGAUUCAUAUAUCAAAAUUCUGGAGAGGCAAUUUAAAAAUCAAAUUGAUACCAUUGUGUCCAAACAAACAGAAUUAAAUCGACUGAAAAGAUUAAUGACUAAUCGAAAUAAACAUCAUCAUCCUCAUCUUCACCAUCAUUUGCACAACGGGGAUAAAAGUGAAUAUGAUUUGAAUUCAAGUCAAUAUACAAAUGAAAACAUUCCCUCUUCAUUAUUGCAAAUCGAAGAUGGUUCUAAUAUUGAAGAAUACAUGAAUGAAAUGUAUACUAAUCCAAAUUAUUGUACAAAUCUUGAAGCAGAUUAUUGGCGUAAUAUUGCAUUGAAAAUGAAUAAUGAAUUAAAUCAUUUACAAAAUGAUGCAAAUAUACUUGUAAAUAUCUUAACAGAAUUACAACAAUGA